AUGGCCUCGGAUUCCACCCCUUCCAAAGGGGGAGGCCUGUCUCUCUAUGCCAAUCUCCUCGACCCAUCAUCCAAUGCAUCCUCUCCCGGAACAAUUUCUCGCGCCCCGGUCGUCUUCAAGCAGGCUUCGGAAGGCGACUCACAGACAGAUGAUUCAGCUGCCAAGAAGCAGCAACUAAGUGCUGCUUCUCUUCGAUUUCAGCCUACGAAAAGACCACAGCUAGCGGCUCAGAAGCCUAAACCGAAACCAGCGCUGCCCAAGACGACCCCUGCCGCUGCGUCUGCGCCGGCUCCUCCCGUGAAGACCACUCUUGCCGACUGGGCAGCAACCGAGGAAGACGAUGUCAAUGGAUUCUACGUUGGCGAGAAGAGACAGCGCGGCGGGCGUAAAAAGCGCAAGAAGAACCGGGAAGUGCAGGCGUUCGUCCAGAAUUGGGAUGACAUCUACGACCCUUCAAGACCGAACAUCUACGAAGAGUAUAAGCACAGUGACGAGCAGAUUGCCGAGGUGCGCGAGUGGAAAGAUCGCCUCUACGCACACCGGAUGGCACGAUCGCCGAGCAGGAACUCGUAUAGCGACGAUGAAUCGAGACCAAUGAACAGACAAUUUGCGCCUCCGAAGAGUUUCGCGCCUCCACCUAAUCUCAAUGAUAUCCCUCCUGCACCGCUUGAUGAAGCCACAGGAGAUGAUGCAUUUGCUCGACGUGCGCGCAUGACAGCGGGUCAAUCGGAUACAUUAAUGUCUGGUCAGACACCACCGCCUCCGCCUCCGCCUCCCCCGGAAGAGCCAUCUGCUCCAUUUCCGGAUGACCCCACUGGUGAAGAUGCCUACCUGAGACGGCCAGCUUCUGCCACAAUCUCUCGUGCGCCAGUCCGAUAUACCCUGCCUCCACCUCCGGAAGAUAUUCCCGCGACAGAAGCGGAGCUUGAAGAAGUCUUUGCGAAGGAAGAGCCUGCGGAGGAUGCACCUGACGAAGAAGAUGGCCAGCGCUCACUCCGACCGGGACAAAAGGGAUUUGCCGAGAGAUUGCUGGCGAAGUAUGGGUGGACCAAGGGAUCUGGCCUGGGUGCCACGGGGUCGGGUAUCGUCAAACCGUUGCAGGUCAAAGUCGAGAAGCAAAAGAAGCGGCCAGACUCGGAAGGCGGUGGUUUUGUUACUCCUGCUGGCAGGGGCAAAAUCAUUGGUGGUAAGAGGAAGGCGGACGACGAGGAGGGCAAGUUCGGCCGUAUGAGCGAAGUCAUCAUCCUCAAGGGUAUGCUUGAUGGGAUGGAUGUGGAUGCUGAGCUCGAGGGUGAUCAAGACGGGGGGUUGAUGCAAGAGAUUGGCGAGGAAUGCUCAGAAAAGUACGGUCGUGUGGAGCGUGUCUUCAUUUCCCGUGAAUCCGGGCCCCCUGUGCCGGUCUUUGUCAAGUUUACUAACCAGUUAUCGGCUUUACGCGCGGUGAAUGCCCUGGAAGGCCGAGUGUUCAACGGCAACACAAUCACGGCCCGUUUCUACGACACUCAGAAAUUCGAAGAAGCGAUAUAUGACGACCGGUAGCAAGCACAGGAGCAAGGAACAUGUACAGUACAUCCACGGGUUUCAUUGCUAGUCAGUCGAUGCUGUGACUCGGGCCUGCCUUCUGAAAUAAUGACAUUUGCUGCGAUAAUGUCUGGAUAGAUGAACAGUAUGAAACUAUGCAGAUCAGAUGAUCGCGCUCCAAUAUUUUGACUCCAUCCAUGUUGUUGCGGACUUUCGAGUCUUUAAAUAUAGCCACCUUGCGCUUCAUCAACUUCAUGGCAGGCUUCGUUAUCUGCCAGCUCUGUGCUUUGAAUCUCAAGCGAUCCAGGUUUUGAUGCUCCGAAGCUUCACUUGAAGGAUUUGUCGACGUUGCACCAGUGGUCGGCUCAUGUCACUGCGAAAUUCAAUGUCUCGUUCGUGUAGCAGUCAUAGCCGAAUCUGACUGCUUGUAUGCAGGAUAUGUGAAAGCAGUAGAUGGUACUGGUAUGGGGCAAAGGGCAUGGAGAGUGGCAUUUUUUGAUCCCAACAAAGAGACA